AUGGUUGCAACUAUGCGGAUCCUGUUCACCGUCGUUGAAUUACAUACAGCAUUCACCCUAGCACACCAGCUACAAUGUCCCGAAAACAUCCGAGGUCUAGCUUCCCAAAUGCUCAACAGUAACAUCGCCCGAGGCCAAGGUAUAGGACAAAGCGGCGCAUCAACAUCAUACAUCGAGCUGGGCAUCUUCUACAACGCCACCGAGCAGGCCGAAUGGUCCACCUAUCUCCAGAAGAGCCUGUCAGGGGCAGUACCUCUCCUCCCCAACGCCACUGCCAACGCUGGACUCCCACUCGACCGCUUCUCAAUCGGCACCGCCCUGGCCAUCGCCGGAAAUGACUCCUACGCACCCACCAUCAAAUCCCUCCAGGACUCGGUGGCACUACAGCCUCGCAAUGCAGACAACAGCCUCUGGUACUACAACAACCGCGCCAACCUUAGCGCGUAUCAUAACUUAUCAUAUGCUGAUGGGAUGUACUCGUAUCCUUCCUUUGCCAUCGUGUCUUCUUUCGAGAACUCCACGGACUGCGAGGACGACUCCAAAGUUGGAGCUGCGGCAGCUCUCGAGCAGGUCAAACUCAUUUACGACGUCUGCAAGCGUUCCGAUGGCUUGGUGGUUCAUGGUUACGAUGCGAGUAAAGCGCAUUCAUGGGCGGACCCGGAGAGUGGUGCGAGUCCGCUUGUUUGGGGGAGGGCGUUGGGGUGGUUCACGAUUGGGGUGUUGAGGUCACUCUCCCUACUCAGCCAAGAGAGUCGGGCUUUUGGAGGGCUGAAAGAGAUCUUCAACGAGGUCGUUCGGGCGCAGAUCGAUGCUAGCGAGCGGAGUGUGAAUGUGACCGGCUCAUAUGGAGUAUGGCAGGUUGUGGAUCAGCCGGGCGAGAAGGGAAACUUCAUCGAGGCGAGUGCUAGUGCUAUGACUGUGUAUGCGCUUUUGAAGGGAGCAAGGACGGAUCUGAUCGAGGACCAAGCAUUUCGCGAGAAAGCUGUGAAUACUGGUCUUGGGAUCUAUCAAACCCUGAUCAGUGACUUUUUUAUCGAGAAUGGUAACGGGACGCUGAGUUACAAUGGAACCAGCUCAGUCGCGAGCUUGAGUGGGGAUGUCAACUUUGAGUACUACACCACUCGCCCAACAGUUUUGAACAGUCUGAUCGGGACAUCUGCAUUCACCCUUGCAGCGCUGGAAGUCGAGAAAGUAUGCUAG